AGAGAGAGAGAGAGAUAAUAGAUACAGAGAGAGAAAGUGAGAAAGAGAGAGGUCAUGAUCAAGGUCUGGUUCUCCCCACCAAGGUCAUGAUCUGUCCCACCAUCACCAUUCUUUCUCCAUUCUGAUCCCUCCCUCUCAAUCUCUUCCAAUUGAUACCCACUUGGCCUUUUUCCACAAACACAAUCAAGAAAACACCAAUCUUUCUACUUUUCAAUUUGUUUUUUUUCUUCUUUCCAGCUAGAUGUUACAUGGCUUCACGAUCAUUCAAACGCUAUGUCGAGCAAGAAUGGGGAAGCUUCCCACAUUUUGUGAUCUAUGCCUUUCUUGAAUGGAUAAUGAUAUUGUUGCUCUUCAUUGAUGGAUUUCUAGCAUUCAUUUCCAAUGAAUUUGCCAAGUUGUUUGAGUUAAACAUUCCUUGUUUGCUCUGCACGAGGAUUGACCACAAUCUUGUUCACCGGAACUCCAAUUUUUACUACAAUGAUUCCAUAUGUGAAGUACACAAGAGGGACAUCUCCUCCCUCGCCUAUUGCCACGUGCACCGGAAGCUCUCUGACAUCCGGUGCAUGUGUGAAGGGUGCCUCCUCUCGUUUGGGACGGAGAGAGAAUCAGGUACCGACACAUACAAAUCCAUAGUCGGGAUUAUGCACAAGGAUAUCGAUAGCUUUAUGGACAACGAUGAUAUGAUGAAUUUGAAAUCACUUGCGGGAAGGAAAGAUGAUCAAUGGUGCUGUUGUUGUGGAGAGCCCUUGAAGGUGAGGCCCUCGGCGAAGGCUAUGAAUUGUAGUCCGUCAAUGAAUGCGAGCCUUGUUUCACUAGCACCUACUCCAUCCCCUCGUGCACCACCGGUGGUGACCUGGAAAAAUGAGGAAGUGCGUAAUCUAGAACUGCCUCACAUUCGUUACACGGAGCUCAAGUUUAUGUCAGACAAUGAAUCAGAGCUUAUGGAGGAUGAAGAUAGCUCAAAUCUAGAAGCAGGUAGAGAAGACAACAAAACCGCUUCGGUGCCACUACUACCAGAUUCUGAAGAUAUAACUGAAGAAGUUAAGACCCCUAACUUUACUAGAGGAAACAGGUUUUUUGGAAUCCCACUUACGGAUUCAGCAUCAGCGAGUCCUAGGUGGGUUUCUAGGUUUCCUAAGAAGCUGCCAUUCGAUAAGGAGUUUUUUUCGGACUCUGUUGACACAAAUGGCACAAAUGAAGCAGACGGUGACUCCAUUAUGAAUAAGUUGAAGAGACAAGUUCGUUUGGAUCGUAAGUCACUAAUAGCAUUGUACAUGGAAUUGGAUGAAGAAAGAAGCGCUUCAGCUGUCGCAGCAAACAACGCGAUGGCUAUGAUCACAAGGUUGCAAGCAGAGAAAGCUGCAGUUCAAAUGGAAGCUUUACAGUAUCAGAGAAUGAUGGACGAGCAGGCAGAGUAUGACCAGGAAGCUCUACAAGUGAUGAAGGAUUUGCUUAUGAAGAGAGAGGAAGAGAUUAAGGUUUUAGAGGCUGAACUCGAGACAUAUAGAGAAAGAUAUGGACAGAUAACUAGACUAGGCAGUGAUGAAUGUGAAGUUGAUGCUGAUGACGAUUACCAAGAGCUGAAAUCGCAGUCUUUCUCAUCCGUGAGUGAAAAAUCUGAUUGUGGAAGCAACAGUGGAGGUGAUCAUAAUGGUGAAAAUGAGAAUAAGGAAAGUGGAAAGAGGAAUCUUGAUGAAUCAUCGUUAGAUUUUGAAGGUGAGAGAUCUUUUCUUUUUGGUCUGUUGGCAAAUUUGGAGAAGAAAUUCAAUGAAUCUUCAGAUGAUGGGAUUAUUCCUAUCAAGUCUAACUCUGACAUGGUAAAGUGUGAAGCUGAAGAUAUAGGACUUGAAAAUAAGGCCGUCCUGACAAGAGAAAUGUCUCUUCUAAGGGAGAGAUUGAGAGCAAUCGAAGCAGAUAGUGGAUUCUUAAAGCAUGCUGCUAUGACACUCCACAGAGGUAGUGAAGGAGAAGGAACAAAACUUUUGACAGAGAUAGCUCUUCAUUUGCGGAAGCUUAGGCAGUAGUCAAAAGAGCCCUCGGAGGAUAUGGAUGCAUGACUUCUUUCAUAUACUUUCAAGCCAACGGCAUCCAAAGCAUGCAGCUGUUGACAUCUCCAGCAAGCUUUUCACCUACAAUGUUACGAUUUAUAUCAACUCAAGUUCAAAAAGCUUUGUCAAAUUGGGUGAAGACUGAGAUGAUGGAAAAUCUUUGUCAAUUUAGGUGUAGACUAAGAUGACAGCAUGUACCUGUUUCUGCAUGUGAUCGUUAAACUUGAAACAUCAGCACCUGGUUUUCUGUUGGAAGAUUGACAUCCCUUCAUCAGAACAAGUGCGAAGCAGUUGGCGAUUUUACAGAAUGCGAAGUAAGGAGAGCCUGUAAACUUCAUAGCUGAUGUAACUAACUUCUGUGAACAUAAAGUGGCUUAUAGCAGCAUGACAAUUUCAAA